GCAGGUGCGGUGUCCCGCACAGCAGGUCGCCGCUGACCCUCUGACUCUCUUCUCGCUUCUGGACCCACUUCGCCCGGACAGCAGGGACGGCAGACACGCACCCAGGUCCCACCUGCCCAGGUCCCAGCGCGAGGGGCGAACGGCUCGGCCCGCCAUGACCCGGCUGACCGUCGCGCUCGCUUGCAUCAGCCUCCUGUGCCUGCAGCUACCCGGCACGCUGGCCCGGGGCCGGGCGCGGCCACCCGUCAAAGACAGGAAACCUCCAGCCAGGACCCCUCCCAGCGACCCCCAGGCCCAGCGGCCUGCAGCUCGCCCUACAGUCUGGAGACUCCAGAAGGCACAUCCACAGAGGAGUGGCCGCCUGGCCCCCAGCACCGUCCACCCUGCCCGGGGUGGUCCCCGCCGUCACCAUCACCACAGCCCCUCGGUCCCCCACCGUCCCCGAGCCCAGCUCCUGCGGGUGGGCUGUGUGCUGGGCACCUGCCAGGUGCAGAACCUUAGUCACCGCCUGUGGCAGCUCUUCGGGUCGGCCGGCCCUCGGGACUCAGUCCCCGUGGACCCCAGCAGCCCCCACAGCUACGGCUGAGGUGCAGCCUUCUCCCCUGCCCAGCCCAGCAAUGCAGACGGCAGAAACUCACGCAGCAGUGCUCGGCCCCCCAGGGGGCCCCCCACCAGCCCUAAGCAGCCGUGGGCACAUAAUCCCUCACCCACGGGUGGAUGCAGGCAGAACCCACCCACCGGCAUGCCCCUGGGCUGGGGGGAUUGUCGAGUGCUGAGCGGAGGCAGAAGGGAGCUUCUGAAGAAGGGGUCUGCUCCAGGGCUGCCUCUGAACCCUACGGCCACUCCAGGCAGCCAGGACCCGGACCCUGACCCGCGGCAUCCUGCACCCUGUGCCCCCACCCGCGCCUGAAGCCUGGCGGGGCUGCCCACAAGGCCCUGCCCCAAGCCCCCCGCCCGCCCUUCCCUGCUUGCACCCCUGAUCCCCCCACCCCGGGCA